AUGUUCUUAACCAGAAGUGAAUAUGACCGUGGUGUCAGCACGUUUUCGCCAGAAGGUAGAUUAUUUCAAGUCGAGUAUUCUUUGGAGGCGAUCAAAUUAGGUUCAACAGCAAUCGGAAUUGCUACCAAAGAGGGUGUUAUACUAGGUGUAGAGAAGAGAGCCACCUCUCCUCUUCUGGAGGCGGAUUCAAUCGAAAAGAUUGUAGAAGUAGAUCGUCACAUUGGAUGUGCAAUGAGUGGGUUGACGGCGGAUGCGCGCUCGAUGAUCGAACAUGCAAGAACUUCAGCUAUAACGCAUAAUCUAUAUUAUGAUGAGAAUAUAAGUGUUGAGUCAUUGACCCAGUCGGUUUGUGAUUUAGCUCUAAGAUUUGGUGAAGGUGCAGGUGGAGAAGAGAGACUCAUGUCUAGACCUUUUGGUGUGGCAUUGUUAAUAGCGGGCUACGACGAUGAUGAGGGAUUCCAGUUAUUCCAUGCGGAGCCUUCAGGAACGUUUUAUCGUUAUAAUGCAAAGGCCAUCGGGUCAGGUUCAGAGGGUGCGCAGUCAGAAUUACAAAACGAAUGGCAUUCAUCCCUGACUUUGAAAGAAGCCGAAUUGUUAGUACUCAAGAUCUUAAAACAGGUAAUGGAAGAAAAACUGGAUGAAAACAAUGCUCAAUUGAGUAGUAUCACAAAAGAUGAGGGUUUUAAAAUAUAUGAUGAUUCCGAAACAGCACAAAUUAUCAAAGAAUUGAAAGAAAAGGAAACACAAGAGAGUUCCGGUGAUCAAGACGUCGAGAUGUCCUAG